AAGAUAACAGUAUAUAAAGAGUCGACGACGCACCACCAGCAGCUCAGACCUGGACUGCCACCUUCCUGCAUCAAACAUGAAGGUGCUGCUGAUCACCGUGAGCGUUGUCCUGCUGGUGGGAUCCACCAGGGCAGGCGGAGGACAUGGAGGCGGUGGUGGGUUUGGAGGCGGCGGAGGAGGAUUUGGACACGGUGGAGGCGGCUUCGGAGGAGGCGGUGGAUCUCGCUAUGGUUCACGUGGUGGUGGCGGCAUCGGAGGUGGUGGAUUAGGAGGAGGAUCCAAAGGCUUCGGUGGUGGCAGUUUCGGUGGUGGUGGCGGCUUCGGUGGUGGCGGCCACGGUGGUGGUGGAUCUCGGUAUGGCUCCAUUGGAAGAGGUUUCGGUGGUGGUGGCAUCGGCGGUGGUGGAUUCGGAGGAGGAUCCAAAGGCUUCGGUGGUGGCGGCCACGGUGGUGGCGGCCACGGUGGCGGCGGCUUCGGUGGCGGCGGUUUCGGUGGCGGCGGUUUCGGUGGUGGCGGUUUUGGAGGAGGAUCCCACGGCCAGCGAUAUGGAUAAAGAGUGGAAACGUUAACUAAGGAUUGUGGACAUUUUAGUAAAGAAAAAUCUGUUCUACAGAUUUAAUAUUCUUGACACCAUAGAUAAUUUAUAUGUCAAAAAUAAACCUUUGAAUUCAAA